ACUUCACUAAAUAAAAAUAAAAAAUAAAAAAAGGCCAGAGACAACGCGCCUAUGCGGGAACUAGAGGAACGACUGGCCGGUCAGUCGACGGCCGCGGCGCGCGCAGAACGCGCGUGCUAAAACUCCCGCCAUCCAGUGUUCGAAUUUUGAAACUUUUAUUUUUAUUCUGUGCUGUGUUUUGUGAUCUUCAAUCCAACAAAGGAAUAUUCGAAUAUAUCGAUGUUUGUGGGAAUGUAACCGAAGAUCUACGGUUUUUCUAAAUUAAUACUUCCCAUCGGAUUACUAAAGCCGCAAAAAUGUCCAACGGUAACGCAGGAGACACCACGAACCACGUCGAAAACGGCAUCAAUGAUGAAAAUCGCGGGACCACCUACUUCUUUUCCAGACCUAGAUCAAGCGCGACGUUGGCACAGAGGAUACAGCUGUUCCUGUCCAUCUAUUGGAAGUCUCUGUUAAUCGUGCUGACGCCUAUUCUCCUGUUGCCGAUACCCAUUAGGAAUCAUGAGCCGGCCUUCAAAUGCAUGUACGUCGUCCUCAUAAUGGCGACCUACUGGGUCCUAGAACUCCUUCCGCUACCUGUCACGUCCAUGCUGCCCAUAGUCCUGUUCCCGACCAUGGGCAUCCUGGACUCGGACAAGACCUGUGCAGCGUACAUGAAGGAGACUAACAUGAUGUUCAUGGGCGGUCUGAUGAUCGCUGCUGGGGUACAGCAUUCCAAGUUGCCGAGGAGAGUUGCGUUGUGGACUGUGCAGGUUGUUGGAUGCUCUCAUAGAAGACUAAACUUCGGGCUGACGUUCGUGACGAUGUUCAUCUCGAUGUGGGUCUCGAACGCGGCCGCCACCACCAUGAUGGUGCCCAUCGUGGAGGCCAUACUCGAGGUCCUGGAGUCCCAGGGUCUGGGGGAUGUGUAUGUCAAUAGGAAGAGGCCGGAGAAUGGAAAGGAGGUUAAGGGGAAAGACGAGAAGACUGAUGAAGAGGCUCCAAUUCCGAGCGACAUCACAAUCUGCUACUACCUGAGCAUAGCGUACGCUUCUACCCUGGGAGGCUGCGGUACUCUGGUCGGAACUGCCACCAACUCUGCCUUCAAGGGAAUAUUCGACAGUGAGUUCCCUGAAAUCCACCACGCCGUGAACUUCUUCUACUUCAUGGCGUACAGUACGCCGCCCAUGAUACUGAUGCAGCUGCUCGUGUGGGUCUCCCUGCAGGUCACCUUCAUGGGCAUGUUCAGACCGAACAGUGAAGCGGCCAAGAAAGUGCAGUUAGCCUCCGGCUCCAAAACCACCAUGAAGGUUAUCAACGAGAAAUACAAGAGCCUUGGACCAGCCACCUUCCAUGAAAAGGUGUCUGGCGGCCUGUUUAUCCUUGCAGUAUUCAUGUACAUCUUCAGAAAGCCAGGCUUCAUGCCAGGCUGGGCCGACUUGGUUACCACCAUGAAAGUGAAGGACGGUGUGACGUCUAUGUUCAUCGUGGUGCUCAUGUUCAUCCUGCCCAUGUCCAUGGACUUCCUUAAGUUUUUCUCCGCAUCCGCUUCCUACGAGGAGUUGGCCAAGUCCAAGCCUUCCCCCGGCGUGGUGACUUGGAACAUCCUUAAGGAGAAAAUCCCGUGGGGCCUUCUCUUCUUGCUGGGUGGCGGUUUCGCCCUCGCCGAAGGCAGCAAAGCGACCGGGCUGUCCGCCAUGAUCGGGAGCUCCCUGAGCGGGCUGCAGGGCCUGCCGCCGUACGUGGUGCUGCUGGUCGUGGUGCUGGUCACGCAGUUCAUCACGGAGUUCACCAGCAACGUGGCCAUCGCCAACCUCAUACUGCCCGUGCUGGCCAAUAUGGCCCGCACAUUGAAGAUGGACCCGCGCUACCUCAUGAUCCCGGCCACUCUAGCGUGCUCCAUGGCUUUCCACAUGCCCGUCGGGACCCCACCCAACGCUAUCGUCGCCGGUGUCGCGCACAUACCCACUUCUAAGAUGGCCAUCGGCGGCAUCGGCCCCAAAAUCAUCACCACACUCGUGGUAUGGGGCUCCUACCCGCUCUACGGGGACACGCUCAUCUUCAAGCGAGACGACAUCGCAGCCCUACACCUGUUCGACGACACCCCUCAACCCCUCACCCCCAAGACCCCUGGCCUGCAGCUCAACUGUAAUAAUACCACCACUAAUGAUAUCCUGAACGGCACCAACAGGUUUGCCUGUAGCUUGCCGCAGACUAAUUCGGCAUUAAAGGGUCUUAUCAAUUGUGAGUAUGUCGCUAAGAGAUAGUUUAAGAAGGAUUUGCUGAAGGUU